AUGGUAAUUAAAUGGCUUUAUCAGAAAGUACCUAACUCUUAUCUAGCCAUAGACGUCAGAUGACAUUGAAAUAUCCCAAUAUGAGUCCUAUGAAAAGAAAUUGAGGUGGCCUAUACGAACGUGUGAUGUUCAAGGUUAGUGAGUCUACCGAUCAAAAAUACAGUAUGACCAAGUCUACACUGAUGUUAGGCAGCGAAAACUAGUUUCGUCCACGCAACGCUACUAGUCAUCCAUCACCUACUACAUUGAUAUUGAAGCUAAGCAAAGAUCUUGGCACGCUAUUAUUGAAAGUGGUCAAUUUCAGUUAAGUAGAUUAUUUUAUGGAUUAGCUGCUAAGUCGCAAAUACCAUGCUUGGUAGCAGAAAAGGUGUCCGGCCAGCUACGUCCAGUUUUCAAAAAGGCAGCUGAAGCUUUCCAGAAGUAUGUCGUGGAACACAUACGUAAAAGCUAG